CAAACCAUUCGUUCAUAAAAUAUGCUCAAGAAUUUUCUACCAAAGGAAUUUUAUGAAAAAUGUUUAGAAGCAAAUUUAAGACCUGAUUAUAGAAAAUAUAAUGAAUACAGAAAUAUAAAUUUAUCUGGAGGUUCAAUUACUUGUGCAAAUGGUUCAUCCUUGAUUAAAAUUGGCAAUACAAUUGUUACGUGUGGUGUUCAAGCCAAGCUCAAUCCAUUUGAUAAAAUUAAUCCAUAUGAAAUUAAAAUUGAAGAAAUAUUUAAUAUUAGGGUUCAUAUUCCUGCCAUUUGUCAUUUACAAUUUAAAAAUGAUAUGAUUUUAUCUGAUUACAUUUUAUAUCUUAGACAAUUUGUAAUAGAGGCCUUUGAAAGCUCUAAUAUAAUUGAUUAUAAGGACUUUUUAACCAUGAAAGAAAAAUAUAUUUGGGAAAUAAUUUGUGAUAUAAUGUGCAUAAAUGAUGAUGGAAAUUUGCAAGAUGCCUUGUUGCUCAGCUUGGUAGCCGCGCUUAAGAAUACAAAGAUUCCCAUUAUCAAUGAAACAACUGUAUCUACAAAAGAAAACAUAGUUAAUACAGAUGAAAACAUGAUUAUAGAAAAUGCCAAUAAUCAAAAUUUUAAUACUGACAAUAAAAAAGAGGAUAUAUCUAAAAAUGUUAAUUUUAAUAUUCCAGAUGAUUGCCCUACACAAAAUUUGAUACUUAAAUCGGCACCCAUAUCAGUGACAUUUGUAUACUUUGACAAGCAAAUAAUUGUCGACCCUACAUCGCAAGAAGAGCAAUUAGCCACUGGGAAAAUUUCUAUCAUACUUUCAGAUUCACAGAACGUAAUAUGGUUUUAUAAAACAGGAAGCACGCCUUUAAAUGAAACCACUAGGAAGGAAUGUAUACAAAUGGCAAAGCAACAUUUUGAAGCAAUGUCCGAAAAAUUAGAAAAUAUGGAGAUUUAAAACUAAAUUUUCUAAAUCAUAAUUUGUACAAUAGAUUAAUAAAAAAAAAUUUGGAUUUAUUAUUGACAAUUUUUAA